AUGUUACCGGUUUCGCGCCCCGAUAGCCAGAUGAAUUAUAACUACAUCCCCACCUCCCAACCCUUGUCGGGUUCCUCGACAGGGCGGAGUUCUCCCAGCGACAUGCCUGGGUCUGGCGCCUCCAAAUCACCUUUCGGACCGUCCGGCUCGAUCGGUUCUGCGAGGCUUGGGGCUGGAUCCCCUUCCCACGAACUGGGAACUCGUCUAUACCCGAAGCGUGCCCGCGAGAUUCAAGCCCAAGAAGGUGUUUCUCCCAGCAUUUGGGGUCCUCCCACCAGUGGUCACUCAACCCCACUUCGCGAAAACAUCCCUGAGUCGCCCAGCCAGGAUAGCUUCCCGGACUUGAUCCCGACUACCAGUGGCCAAAUGUCUGGCUCUGGACGCCGAGCACGAGCAGGCACUGUCCCUUCCCGUUUCCCUCCCAUGACCACACUCAACGAGAUGGAGCUUCAACAGCCGUACAUAUCGCAGACCUCCCGACCCACCCCCUCCACCAGCCCGUUCAGACCCCCAGGUGUAUCCGGUAUUGAUACUGGUGUUCAAGUCACGACCUCUGCCGGUGCGCCCAACCCGGCCAUGAUUUCACGUCUUCGAGCUGGCUCGAUGCCUCAACGGAGCAGUCUGUUGGGUGGAGGCGGUCCUUUUGGUCCGUCCUUGUUCUCUACCAACUGGUCAACUGGCCGCGAACGAGCCACCACCUUGACCAGCAUUCGGUCCUCCGAAGGCCCGACUUCGCCAAGCCAGUCAUCCUUCUCGAGGGACGGCCUGACCGACUCGGAUGUGAAGACCCUAGAUUACUUGGGUCUCGCGGAGACUCCCCAGCAGGCGAGGGCGACUCUUGCGCGGCCAUCAAUGGAGGCUCUUAUGCAACAGCAACAGCAACAGCAGCAGGCAUCUGCUCUGCCGCCGCUCCUGGCUGAGCUGGCGAUGAUGAAGAAUAAUAAUCGAUUCCGAUCAUACUCAGUGAACGCGAAGGAAAAAUACGCCGAUGACGAGGACCUGGAGUAUGAGAGCCGUUACUCUCAACUUCCUUCGGGCACACUCACCCCCUCUGCCGCUGCGACGGCUGCCCAACUUGCUGCCACUCAGGCGCAAAUCCACCAACACAACUUGGCUGUGCAGGCCUUUACUAGCCAUGCGAGCAUUAGCCGACCUCGUGCGCGCACUGCUGGCAUUUUGGAGGCUCCCCCUCAACGAGCAUCUAUCCGAAACUACCUUGCUACCCCAUCCCGCCUCGGUGAUAAUCCCUUCAGUGCUGCCGAUCUCCCUAUUUCGGAGAAUGGCGAAUACGAUGAGUUGUCCGAUGCGGUUCAAAUGAUGCGCCUCGGAGCUGGUGGCCCCGGUGUGGGACGGCCCGACUCGUGCCUGUGGAUUGGAAGUAUUCCUGUUUCAACGACGGUGACCUCUCUCGAGGCCAUUUUUGGCAUGUACGGAAAAAUCGAGUCCACGCGCGUGCUCACUCACAAGAACUGCGGUUUUGUCAACUUCGAGCGUAUCGAGAGUGCUGUUCAGGCCAAGUCGCUUCUCAAUGGCAAGGAAAUCUUCCCAGGUGCUGGCCCUGUUCGAAUUGGCUAUGCCAAGGUCCCCGGUGCUUCUGCUGCUGGAACCCCUGGUGCCAACGGCAUCCAGUCUUCGCCCACUCCCGACCCAACCUUCAAAUCCAAGCUUGGUUCCGACAACGUCGACCAGGCGAAUAAUAUCGGCACCGUGCCACAUAUCGCUGAUCUUUCUGAGCUUUUGCCUGAGAUGGUGGAGAUGGUCAAGGAAUUUGGAGCUAGUGAUGAUGACACCCUGAAAAUCACCAACAGUAUCCAGAAGUCCAUUGCAUUCCAGGCCUUUGAGGAUGAAAUCCCACCGAUCCCAGAGCCCAGCCAGACUCGCAUGUUUGAUGCACCCCGUCUACGUGAUAUUCGCAAGCGCAUUGACAACGGCGCUUGCUCGAUCCAAGAGAUCGAAGAAACUGCCGGCGCCAUGCUGCCAGAAAUUGCCGAGUUAGCCUCUGAUUACCUCGGCAACACUGUCGUUCAGAAGUUGUUCGAGUUCUGCUCUGAGGCUACCAAGGAGCAGAUGCUGGAACAGAUCUCCCGUCACCUUGCUGAAAUUGGUGUCCACAAGAACGGAACUUGGGCCGCGCAAAAGAUCAUCGAUGUCGCAAAGAGCCCGGCUCAGAUGAAUAUGAUUGUGGAUGCUCUCCGUCCCUAUUGUGUCCCGCUUUUCUUGGAUCAGUACGGAAACUACGUGCUGCAAUGCUGUCUGCGAUUUGGCACCCCGUUCAACGAUUUCAUCUUUGAGGCCAUGCUGAGCCGCAUGUGGGAGGUUUCUCAAGGUCGCUUUGGCGCCCGCGCGAUGCGGGCCUGUCUGGAAAGCCAUCAUGCAUCAAAGGAUCAACAACGAACACUUGCCGCCGCUAUUGCCCUCCACAGCGUCCAGUUGGCUACCAACGCCAAUGGCGCUCUACUCCUCACCUGGUUCCUCGACACAUGUACCUUCCCCCGUCGUCGUACUGUUCUUGCGCCAAGACUUGUUCCUCACCUGGUACACCUGUGUACUCACAAGGUUGCUUACCUCACUGUUCUCAAGGUUAUCAACCAGCGGAACGAGCCCGAGGCCCGGGAUAUCGUCCUCAAGGCCCUUUUCUUCAGCCCAGGUGAUGAAGUGUUGGAACAGAUCCUGAGCGACCAGACCUCUGGUGCGACUUUGAUCUUCAAGGUUUUGACUACUCCAUUCUUCGACGAGUCCAUGCGCGCGGAGGUGGUUAAGAACGUCUCUAAGGUUUUGACCAAAUUGAAGGCUUCCCCAAGCCAGGGAUACAAGCGCCUUAUGGACGAGGUGGGUCUCUCCUCUCGUGGCAGCGGACGUGAACACCAUAGCCGUGAUCACGGUGCCAGCCACUCCUCCACCCCCGAGAAGUCGCAACACCGCCAGUCUUCCCGCCACGGCAGCCAAAACUUCCCCACCCAGCCGACUCUGGAGCGACAGUACAGCGGGCAGUUCUCUACUGGCAUGAUUGGCCAAGAUGGCUCACGUCCAAUGUCCUCCGACCAAAACAACGGUCCACCACUUGAUCCGUAUGCCAGCAACGGCAUCAAUGGGUUUGGAAGCUCUCUGAACGGCCUCGGUGGCGUCAACGGCGGCUUCCCCCAGGAUCCCAACAUGUCUCUCUCCCAGCAGCAACAACAACUUCAGUACCAAAGCUACAUUGCUGCACAGAGUCGUGGCGUGUCUCCCGGUGGAAUGUACCAGGGUAUGCCUGGUGCCAAUUACGGUUACCCAGGCGGAUCACCUUCUGUCGAGAACCUGCGUUCACUGCAGACUCAGCAGGCCCCUCUAUCCGCAGCUCCGGGCCAGAUGAGCCCCGGCGGUCCUAUUCUCGGCCAGUCAAAUUAUGCCCCGCAGCAGUUCAGCCCAGUUGUCAACCCUGCCCAGAUGUACCAAUAUCCUCCGCAGUACUACGCCCAGGCACAGCCAGUGCAGGGGCAGUCUGGUGGAGGCCGACGUGGUCGGCGCUGA